AUGGCUUCAAGACCAGGUACGCGUAUAGUACGCGGAGUAACAUCCAAAAAGAAGGUUGACAUAGAGCAGGCUGCUACUCUUCAGCGAGCAGGCCAAAAUGCUUACAAAGUUGGGGAUCUUCAAGGCGCCAUUGAGUCUUUCACCCAGGCAUUGGUGUCAAACAAUGAGGACACUGGAGUUCUGGAUAAUCGCGCGGCCACAUAUUGCAAGCUGAAACAGUACAGCCAGGCACGCGCUGAUGCCAGAGCUAUGGUCAAGCUUGCACCCAAUGACGACCGUGGGUAUCUGCGCUUGGCCAAAGUCCUAUGUCUAGAUGGGAACUUCGACAAGGCCCGAGACAUCUACGAAUAUGCCCUCCAAAAACUUCCAGCUGAUCACCAAGGCCGCAAGGUUAUCGAGCAGUUACUCAACAAAUUACAGGAUAAGCUGGCAGGAGGAAACCGGCGCGAUCCAUUUACGAUUCUGCCCCUAGAGAUCGCAGAACUCACCCUUCGGCAUUUCUCCUUCAAGCAGAUCGUGGCAAUCCUGCGCGUCUGCAAAGGAUGGAAACGGUUUUUAGGCGGUCUGACUAGCCUCUGGAUGUAUGUUGACCUCACCGGAGCUAGAUCUCAUGUACCUUGGACAUCUGUCCGAAACUACAUCCAUCAAUCGCGAGCGCAGCUGACCAAUGCCACCAUUACAAAUAUCGUGCCAUCUACCACGCCUAAGGUGCUCGACAUGCUGAGCAGAUGUCCCCAACUAGAGCACCUAGAAUUGAUGGUUUCCCAUGACCAGCCUAAAGAGUUCUACCUGAAAAUCAAAGAUUUUCGACGUCUCAAGAGCUUAGUCUGUGGAGCAGACAUCAGCCUUUCUCAUGCGUGUGUUGGGAGUAUUUUAUCUACCCUCUCGAAACUUGAGAAGGCUGCUUUUCUCCAUGUUUGGAACAAUCCUACCAGAUGGCCCCGGCCCAGAUCGACGUGGCCUGAACAUCUCCCAAAUAUGAGAAGUCUAACUAUUGCGUCUUCACAAGAAAAUCCUCCCGAGUCGGAUGUACUUCCAGGGUUGGGAUUCUCUGUGUAUCCCAACCUAGAGGAGCUGGGAUUAAUUUGGGAACCUGCACGAUCACAAUCAUACCAAUUUGAUCCGGUACAAGGGAAGGAGCCUCUUCCCCCGAUCCGCAUACUAGAUCUUCGGGGCGCGGCUGUCCGACAUGUUUUUUAUUCAAUCCUUCCAUCCAGCCUUGAGACCUUACGGUUGUUCUCAGGGUCCAUUGAGAUUUCUCACCUUGGUAGAAAUAUGUUGACGCCGGGAGAGAAUGAACUCCCAAACCUGAAGACCUUGAUAUUCAAUGACACCCCAUGGGUCAAUCGCUCCACACUUUCUCUAUUCUUACUUCAUUCCAAGGCUCCCCUCCGAACCCUUCAUGUGAACCUUUGCCACAACAUCAACAGCGAGGACUUCAUUAACAUUCUUAACGAUCCCGACGGAGUGAAUCCAGAAUUGAAAGAAUUAACUGAUGUCGGGGUUGCCUGCAUGGCUGGCAUGGACGAUUGGGGCGUCGGAAAUCUGUCGGCAGUAUUGCCAAAUUUGAAAGUCCUUGACUUGUCACAGACGAGAAUUACCGGCUGUACCAUUCGCAUGUUUGCAGAUGCCCGGAAUGAUGAAUCAGCCGUUGAAAAGCUCGACGGCUUAAUCAUAAGAGGAUGCGACGAUGUGUCUCGUGAUGCCAUUGACUACGGACGGCAAAUGGGACUCAAGAUUGUCACCUAG